CGACAACAAUUUGUAAGAUUCAUAGAUCUAAAAGGAAUAGAAAAGAAUCAAAACCUUUUCUUCGUGGACCAAAGUAAAACAAGAAGAAAGGGGAAAAUGGACGCAGUUGACUCAGUUUUCGAUCCGCUGAGAGAGUUUGCUAAGGACAGUGUUCGUCUCGUCAAGAGAUGCCACAAGCCCGAUAGCAAAGAAUUUACGAAGGUUGCGUUUCGAACGGCGAUCGGGUUCGUUGUUAUGGGAUUCGUGGGAUUUUUCGUCAAGCUCAUCUUUAUCCCUAUUAACAACAUUAUUGUUGGAUCCGGCUAGGCCUGCAUCAUGUUGCUGAGAAUCGUUAGAAAGUUUCGAGAGAGGUGCAUGUACAUCAUGUGAGUCCAUUAAGUAACUUCAGUUUAGACUUGGGUUUGUCUUUAAAAUCGGUUUUGUUGAAAAUGGUUUAGUCUUUUGUGUUGUUAAAUUGUAAUGGAAAAUUGCUGAAGCUAG